AUGCAGAACGAUUGGUUAGACAUAGGAGAUUUUUGCAUUCCACUAGCACUAAAAUGGCGCACCCUAAUUCAUGACUGGUCGCCAGCCUUGCUAAAAUUUUAUCUCAAUGCGUUCCAGAUGACUCUCCCAGAUCAGAGUAAUUUAGUAAGAUGGGGUAAAGGUACCGAAAAAACUUGCUAUCUCUGCGGAAAGGCAGUUGGAACUGCCAAGCAUUUGCUGGUGGGAUGUAGGGUUCUCCUGGACAGCGGUCAAUACUCGCGUCGUCACGAUAGGGUUUUAGAGAUCAUACGUGAAGCGGUUAGUCUUUCGGUAGCCAGAGCGCAAAGGGAAAUAACCACAAACGAGCGAUCAAUAGGUUUUGUGAGAGAGGGCACCAGGGCUAUAAAAUCAAACGUCAAGCCUUACUCUAUCCUUAAAGCGGCUUCGGAUUGGACUAUCAUGAUGGAUACGUAUGAGAAACAAUACAAAAUCCCCGAGGAUAUUUGUGCGUCGGCCUCCAGACCAGACAUAUUUCUAUAUUCGCGUAUUUUAAAGCGCGUUGUGAUGAUAGAGCUUACGGUGCCUUGGGAAACCAACAUCCCCAAAGACCAUGCCAUCAAGGUCAAUAAGUAUUACGAGCUCACUAACGAACUAACUCGAAAUAGGUUCGUCGUUGAUUUGUACGCGGUAGAGGUGGGAGCGAGAGGUAUAACAGCUAAAUCUCUCUAUAACCUACUAAAAGACUUGGGCCUGUCCAGAACUAACAUUAAUUCAUUCUUAGAACGUACGUCGAAGGCAGCCCUAGUAGGUUCUUUUCAAAUUUGGUUAGGUAGGGAGAGGAACUUGGACAGUGGAGGUGAGCGUAUAACGCGCGUUACGUAA